CUUGUAGCUGGUUUAUCAUUCUAUCGCUGUAUCUUGUAUGUUGUGUAGCAGCACAUUGAUUUGACUUCGGAAGGUAGCUGCCAAAAGUCUGUGGUUUCUCCAUUUCCGACCUCCAUCAAAUGGGUCUUUCAUUUUGGCUAGUCCCCCCGCCAUGCCAGGCUACCCUUCUGCAGUCCAUAAUGCCGCAGCAGCCGCAAGGGAGUUUACUCGAACCGGACAGGGGAGGUUCAGGAACCCUCUCAUCGAGUUCGUACCCCAAGGUUUUUCCUCACAUCACCGUCGCUUCCGUUCGAAGCAUUGGGAAUAAACUACCGGGUUGCCUACUAGCCAACCUUGCCAAAGAUCGUCGGUCAAUUCGCGUCAAUUUUCAAUCUCUUUUAGUCAGCGACCAUUACUUCCGUUCACUAUUCAUUUCUUUACUUCCGACAACGGAUCUCCUAGCUCUGCGUGACGAGAUCAAGGAAACUCUUUCACAUCUGUCUCCCCGGUUUGCUCCUAUGUUCCCACACCUCUCCCUUGCCUACAUCGCAGAUAGAGACGCGGAAGCGGGUGAACGUCAUCGGGCUGCACAGUCAUUGAGAGACAGGGGUGUUGUCAUUGAAGAUAAGGACCGCCACACAGUUUCACUGCGAUGCGGUGAUGUGUGUAUGUCAGGCGUUGAUCUCGCGGAGAUCUGGCUCGUUGAAUGUGAUGGUCCUGUUGAGGAGUGGAGUGUUUGGGACAAAGUAUCGCUCAGGAGCGUCUGACGGUCAUCUGAAGAAUGGUACACUUGGGGCGUCCUAGCCUGCGAGAAAUACAUACGG